AUGGUGGUGCUGAGGUGCUGCGUGUUGUUCGUGCUGUUCGUGCUGCUGCUGUUGGAGAGGCUGCUCACGCUACAAGGUGUCCGAUCAGAUGAAAUGGGAGUAAAUCUGAGUGAGUUCAAAUCUGUAGAGAUGAAUAUGACUGCUCCUAGAACAUGGACAAUUGAGCAGGUGAAGGACUGGUUGACAGAAUGUUUCGGGCUUAAUCCUGAAGUGCACACGGGUGAUGGUUACAGUGGAGAAGACGGUGAGGUUGAUGGUGACGAAGAAAAUGGAUACAGCCAGAACCAGAUGGAAGAGGAAGAUACAGAAGGUGAAAGUGAUGCUGAUGAUUCCGAUGAGUCUGAUGAUGGGGAGGAGGUGCCUAUUCCAGGCAGAUGGAAUCAUAACUUUUCGUCUGCAAUGACAAUCAACGAUGGUCUUGAUUCUAACUGGGAGUAUCACCAGAACAAUGUCGCCGUAGGGGCCAUGUUUCCGUCGAAGCGACAUAUGCAGGAUGCAAUAAUGAAGUGGGAAAUGGCGAGUCAGAGGCAGCUGAGAACAACCGUGUCAUCUGAAAAAUACCUGACGAUGGAAUGUGUGGACAUCAAUUGUCCCGGAAGGGUGCAUGGGUAUGUUCCUAAGUAUGACACAACAUGGCGUGUGAGCGACUUUGUGGCACAUAGUUGUGAGCUUGCAAGUAUCCUAAAUGAUCAUUGCAACCUGUCGUCUAAUCUCAUAGCUCGGCUGUUGUACACUGAAAUAGUGGAAGGGCAAGCCAUGAGAGUAAACGCCAUCCAGAAGAAUGUUAAGAAGCAUCAUUUUUACACCAUAUCUUAUGGCAAGGCUUGGAGGGCUAAGCAGAGGGCGAUGGAGAUGAGGUUUGGUUCGUUUCGAGACGCAUACGACGCUGUUGUUCGUUUGCUGCAGACGCUGCAGGCGAGGAAUCCAGACACAUAUGUGAACAUCCAGGACAUGUUUUUGCCGGAGUACCCAUCUUACAGGGUUCUGCAUAGAGUCUAUUUCUCGUUCGGUGUAUGCAUCGAAUCAUUCAGACACUGUCGACCCGUGUUAUGUGUGGACGGCACGUUUCUGACUGGUCAGUACAAGGGUCAAAUCUUAACCGCCAUUGGAAUGGACGGAAACAAUCAAAUCGUGCCACUCGCUUUUGCUUUCGUGGAGCAUGAGCCUACAGAGAGGUGGUCUUUGUUGCACGACACACAUGGAGCUAGAUACGUCGGGUUUGUGUUUGCAUGGACGCUUUACAGUCGCGUAGCCUAA